AUGAUUGAACAUACCGGACCGGAGCCGUGGGCCAUGCAGACCGUUGAUACUAUUGCAUUGAUACAGCCUACAGGAGCAAGCUACUCAUAUAAAGCAUUAAGCUUUGGCAAAACAAAGUUACAACAGAGCAACCCUCUUGCUCAAAAACAAAGUAGGAUGAGACCAGUCGUUGUAAUAAUAUACUUUUUUCCGAUUGGGGUCUUUGAUGUGACCAAUGAGAUCUCUGAUAUGGUCGAAGGGAAGCGGCCACCAUGA